AAAACGUUUAAUAACACUUAGAACCGCAACCAUCUGCAUCCGUAACUACAACCGAUGCGUUUGAACCAUUCGAACUUUUAGUGUAGAGCUAGAAACAUCUCCAUCGCUCAAUUAUCUCGUGGAUUUUUAAAACCAAAUAAAAUAUAUUUUAAUUAUUAAGUUAAAUUAAAUUAUUUAAAAUUUAAUCCAUUUAUAAACUAAAAAGUGUAAGAAAUAUGUUAGUUAAACAUGAGAAACUAUUUUCUGUCACUACCCCCUUUUUCUAUAUUGGUAAAAUACUCUUUCUCCAGUCAAUCGCACUUACGUUAUUUUAUUGUGAUAUUUUCCCGUACAGUUGUUAACAAUCUUUUUUUUUUCAUUUGACUGAACUAUUAAUAAAUUAUUUUCUUGAUUAGCAUACCAAACUCACUCUGAAUUUAGCUUAUAUUAAUUUGGUCCUCGUUUAUAUUCUACAUUUGUACGAUAUAUUAACUUGAUAAAAUAUAAUAGUUUCGUCAUAUCCUAAAGAUGAUUCGACACAAAUGUAGAUAAUAGAUAGACGACUGAUAGGUGUAUUUGGUUAGAGUCUCUAAUACAAAUUGCAUAUUUUUUUAGUUGAAUUUGAAGUUUAAUUAUUAUUGGAAAUGAUUAGGAACAUUCUUAAAUUUUAAACAUGAAAAUUUAAUACUUGAAACAAAUAGAAACUUGCAUUGAAGAUUUCAUAUAAGUAAGAGUUAAAAAAGUGAUAUUCUCAAAUCGGACGCAUUAUAUACACCUGCUGUAUUAUGAUCCUAGAAAUAUAAGUUUAGAUUAAAAAGAUCUAGAAAAACGAUAAAACAACGAAAUUGUUUAUUUUUAAGUUAUAUUUGUUAUUUUAUACAUUUGUAUACAUGAUUACAUACGACUAUUUAUACCAAGCAAAAAAUGACUGACAUUUUCUAGAUUUAUAAAUAUAAAAGAUCUCAAAUAUACGAACUAAUAUGCAAAAAUGACGGUUUGGGUAACACAAGAUUUUGUUGAGAACUAUAUAUAACUCACUAUCAGAACAUUCUUUAUAAGAGAACUAAUUAAACCAUUCAUUUUAAAAGUACAUUAAUAUUUUGCCUUUCAUUUUCAAAAUGUUUUCAGAUUUGUUGCUAUGAAAAGCAUGACAUUUUGUGGACACUAACUCAAAAUAAAGAGAAAGAAUAGGAAAGUAAUCCGGAUUGUCAUUUAUAUAUGUUAAGAAAUCACAGAAAAUACAAACGAGUGAUCUAUGAUAAAACAACAAACAUGUAGGAGUAAUUAGGUAAGUUUCCAUAUUAAAAAGAGAGAAAAAAAUGAUUUGGGAAAGCAUGAAUUUAAAGAGAGAUGAAAUGUGGUCAUCAAGUCACUUACGCUGAAAAUAACUGGGGGCAAUUUUAAAUACGUAACGUGAGAAAAGCAUAGGUUUGUAAAUUUUACCGGGGACCUCUUAAUCAUAAGAAUCCCAUAUAGAAGUUGCGGUCAAUGUAUUGUGAAAAUUAAAUAGAACCCCCCACUUCUCACACAUCUUGUAUACAUCACAAGAUAACAUAUUGAAGUUAGAUUAAUAAUGUUUAUUAUUUAAAGCUAAAAAUAUUGUCGACCAAAGAGUAAAAUUAAUGAAAAAUAUUAGGCAUUAACGUCGGCUCUACCAGUACUAUAUAUUGCCUUUUGAGUUUAUAUUCAUUGCAAAUUCUCUAUCUCCUUCCUCUCUCGACCUCUUUCUCUUUAUUUGUCACGCCGACAUCGAAGGACCAGAGUGUCGAAGAUUAAACAAAUGAUGAACGAGAAGGAAGAUAUCAUGUCGGAGCCAUUCAUCGUCAAGACGAUUAAUGAUGAAGAAGCGACGCUUCAUGAUUAUGAACGCUACAAUAAUAAUCCACAGGGCAAUACCUCUUUCUCCAAAACUUGUUUCCAUGGCAUUAACGCUUUAUCAGGUGUUGGUAUAUUAUCAGUCCCAUAUGCACUAGCAUCCGGAGGGUGGCUAAGUUUGAUCAUACUCUUCAUCAUAGCCAUCACAACUUUCUAUUGUGCCAUUCUUAUUAAAAGAUGCAUGGACAUGGAUCCACUUCUCAGAACUUACCCGGACAUUGGCCACAAAGCCUUUGGAAACACAGGACGUGUCAUCGUCUCAAUCUUCAUGAACCUUGAGCUUUACCUUGUGGCUACUAGUUUCUUGAUCUUAGAAGGUGACAACCUUAAUAAACUCUUCUCAAACGUUGGAUUCGACUUCAUGGGUAUAGAAUUUGGAGGGAAGCAAAUGUUCAUCGUCCUUGUAGCUCUUAUUAUACUUCCCUCGGUUUGGUUAGAUGAUAUGAGGAUUCUUUCUUAUAUUUCGGCGAGUGGUGUCUUUGCUUCCGGGUUGAUUCUUGCUUCUAUCUGUUGGGUUGGUGCAUUUGAUGGAGUAGGAUUCAAGAACAAUGACUCAAAGAUGUUUCGUACUAAUGGAGUCACUACCUCCGUGAGCUUAUACAUGUUUUGUUACUGCGCUCAUCCGGUUUUCCCAACUCUAUAUACUUCCAUGAAGAACAAACACCAAUUCUCUAACGUUAUGGUUAUAUGUUUCACAAUAUGCACAUUCAUAUACGCAUCGGUGGCGAUAUUGGGCUACUUAAUGUAUGGAUCAAAUGUUGACUCACAAAUAACACUUAAUCUCCCAACUGAUAAGCUUAGUUCAAAAGUGGCGAUAUGCACUACAUUGGUGAAUCCGAUUGCUAAGUUCGCCCUCAUGGUUAUGCCUAUUCUCGACGCAUUGAGAAGCCGGUUUAUGCGUAACAAAAAAGCAGGCGGCCUAGUCCUUGGUACGAUGUUGGUUGCUAGCAAUGUGGUUGUGGCAAUGCUUCUUCCGUUUUUUGGUGAACUAAUGAGUUUGGUCGGAGCAUUCUUGAGUGCAACUGCUUCGGUUAUAUUGCCUUGUUUGUGUUAUCUAAAGAUCUCUGGCAAAUACCGAAGACUCGGGCCGGAGACACUGGUUCUCAUUGGUAUUGUACUAAUCGGUAUCGUGGUUAUGAUAACCGGAACAUACAAGGCGGUCAAGGACAUUUUUGGCCAGGUUUUGAAGUCUCAAUAGGUGAAAAUCUAGCUAGUUUCUUGAGUUUAUUGUGUAGAAGAAAAUUUGUAAUACCAAUACAAUAGACCAUAGUAUUAUUCUUUAAUGAAAGAAGCAGUUCUUAAACUUUUAAA